CUUUCAGGCGCUCCUUCGGAAUCCUGGGUCUCAUUCUCGAACCGAGCCUCGAUCCCUCUGUUCCGCUGCAGGUUCUUGAUUAAAUGAGAAGGAUGGUGAAUGGAAUGCCAACGGAGAAAGGGAUCGACAUUUACCAGCCCUUGAGUGAACCCACUAGUAGCGAUUAUUUUGUCUAGCCUUUAAGCUCGCCUUUCCCUCAACCACAGCCUUAUCUACUGCACUUCUGCUUUCAAAUUUCCUUCCCUUCAAUUUCUUUUUUUAUUCCCUUAUGCGAUAAUCAACUCUUUACGCAGGGGUUGACUCGAACAAUAUCAUUCAAUUAUGCGGAUCUCCGGGAUCUGCACCGUGCUCUUCACGGCAACCUCAGCCGUCGCCGUCGGUGUCAAUCCCUUACCGGCUCCGCGUGAGAUCUCCUGGGGUUCCUCCGGUCCCAAAUCCAUCGCUGGAGAGCUGCAGCUGCGCACCGAAACUGACUCGCAUGAUGGUAUUGUGUCCGAUGCAUGGUCUCGUGCAUGGGAGACCAUAGUCGCCUUACGAUGGGUUCCCGCUGCCACGGAAGCUCCCAUCUCCUCCUUCGAACCUUUCCCAACCCCUACAGCGGGCGCUUCCAGAAAAACGAAGCGCGCCUCAACUUCACUACAAUAUGUUAAUGUACAAGUCGAAAACACAGAGGCCGAUCUCCAGCACGGUGUUGAUGAGUCUUACACGCUCAAUGUUGAGGAAGAUUCGGAUAGCAUCACGAUCAACGCCGAGACCGUCUGGGGUGCUCUGCAUGCAUUCACCACACUCCAACAGCUGGUCAUAUCUGAUGGCCACGGCGGUUUGAUUAUCGAAGAGCCCGUCAGCAUCAAAGAUUCUCCGCUUUAUCCCUACCGUGGAAUCAUGCUUGAUACGGGUCGUAACUUCGUCACCCUGCCCAAAAUAUUCGAACAGCUAGAGGGCAUGUCCCUUUCGAAGCUCAACGUCUUGCACUGGCACAUAGAUGAUGCGCAGUCUUGGCCUAUCUGGGUCGACGCUUAUCCCGAGAUGGUCAAAGAUGCUUACUCGCCCCAUGAGAUUUACUCGCGCAAUGAUGUUCGCAACAUUGUCAAUUAUGCUCGGGCUCGUGGUAUUCGUGUGAUCCCUGAAAUUGACAUGCCAAGUCACUCCUCCUCAGGCUGGAAGCAAGUUGACCCCGAAAUGGUUACUUGCACAGACGCCUGGUGGUCCAAUGAUGACUGGCCUCUCCAUACCGCAGUUGAGCCAAAUCCGGGUCAGCUUGACAUCAUCUACAACAAAACUUACGAGGUCGUCGGCAAUGUCUACAAGGAACUGUCGGACAUCUUCCCUGACCAUUGGUUCCAUGUCGGAGGAGACGAAAUCCAACCCAACUGCUUCAACUUUAGCACCCACGUCACUAAGUGGUUUGCCGAGGAUCCCUCGCGUACGUACCACGACCUGGCUCAAUACUGGGUUGAUCAUGCCGUGCCUAUUUUCCAGAACUACAGCCAAGAACGCCGUCUGGUUAUGUGGGAGGACAUUGCGCUGUCCGCGGAGAAUGCACAUGAUGUGCCCAAGAACAUUGUAAUGCAGAGCUGGAACAAUGGUCUAGAGUACAUCUCGAACUUGACAGCUAGAGGUUACGACGUCAUUGUAUCAUCCUCUGACUUCCUGUACCUGGACUGUGGUCAUGGAGGCUUCGUCACCAAUGACCCGCGGUACAAUGUGAUGUCCAACCCAGAUGCUAAUACCCCUAAUUUCAACUAUGGAGGCAAUGGAGGAUCGUGGUGCGCCCCUUACAAAACCUGGCAACGUAUCUACGAUUACGACUUCACCCUCAACCUCACUGAGGCGCAAACCAAGCAUAUCAUUGGCGCUACAGCUCCUCUCUGGGGCGAGCAAGUUGAUGAUAUUAACGUGUCCAGCAUGUUCUGGCCUCGGGCUGCAGCUCUGGCAGAGCUCGUCUGGUCCGGAAACCGCGACGCCGAUGGCAAGAAACGCACCACGGAGAUGACUCAGCGUAUCCUCAACUUCCGUGAAUACCUCGUUGCGAAUGGUGUUCAGGCUCAAGCUCUGGUUCCGAAGUAUUGCCUGCAACAUCCUCACGCCUGCGAUCUCUACCGUAACCAAACUGCGAUUCAGUAGACAUAGUUGCUCACUUGAUUACUCGUGUGCUUUGGUUCAUUGGGUGGCUAAGCAUAGCAUGGGGAUGUACAUACCAACAAUUCGGAUACCACCCUUUUGUCAGGUUUUCAGUGUUACUUAUCUAAUUUUGAUUAGCUUCUUACCAGCCACAUGAAAACGAGGAGCUGGUGUGUGUUAAAAAUCCAGGAAAUAUUACAAGCCCUUGGAAGCUUCAUGGUUGAGAUAUAUAGGUCUAGAAGGCGCCAUUUUAUAUGGGAAUUAUGGUAGUCAAUAUACAGGAUUUUGUAAGCAAGGCGCUGCAACACUAAUAGGAAAGAAAAAUAGGAAACUUGAUUAGGCAAGAAGAGUUUGGGUGUCAAAAAGUUUCACGGACCCAAUCCGCAAUGGGUCGUGGUGAGUGAGGAAGGCGUCAAUACGAAUAAACCACCUCGACGAUAAGUUGAGCUUGUGGUGCUGCGAUACGUUGAAUGAGAACGUGCGGUGUGUGGC